AUGAAAAGCAACAUGGGAGACCUGAAGUUUGGGUUUGAGGAAAUGCAGGGAGUGAGCCUGGGAUACCUGCUGAUAAAAGGAAAACAAAUGUUCGCCCUCUCCCAGGUCUUCACCGACCUGCUGAAAAAUAUUCCCCGAACUACCGUGCACAAACGCAUGGAUCACCUGAACGUAAAAAAACACCACUGUGAUUUGGAGGAGCUGAGAAAGCUCAAAGCAAUAAAUUCUAUUGCUUUCCACGCGGCUAAAUGUACUCUGAUAUCACGGGAGGACGUGGAGGCGCUUUAUUUCUCCUGCAAAACCGAGCGCGUGUUAAAAUCCAACAAAAGAAAAGCAAAGAAGGUCAGUUUACCGGAGGGUGUGGGGGAAGGCAAGCUCCACGCAGACACGCACCCUGCCGGGUUAUGGAGGGAGAAAGUUUGGUUAAGUUUGCACAGCGUUCCACAGACUCUGUCCCUCAAAAACAAAGCCGGCAAGAGAGAACAACCAACCUCCCGCCCCGACUCCAAUCUACCUCAAAUUUACAAUAAAUCCCUCGGUCAGGAUUACUCCUCUGUCACCAAAUCAUCAUGUAAACCCUUUAAAAACUAUGAAACCACUCAAAUACCGGGCAAUUGCGUCGCGUUUAGCCAGGGACAUUCGUUUUUCCGGAGUGUGGUGAGCAGGCAGCCGGUGUUGUUUCAGUCCGCCAUUGCUGCUCAGUCCAGGCUCUCUGCAGCCGGCGACCUACUUCACAAAAGGAAGAGGAGGCGCGAGGGGGGCGGCGGCAGGGAUAGGGGCAGCAGCGGCGCGAGGCAGUCAUGGAGCAGGAGCAGACACACACACUCACACACUUAUUCUCACAUACACCACCCGGUGCUCCUCGUGCAGCCCAACAAGUGCUGCAGAAAGCCCAAAACACACUACAACCACAGCGGUACAACUCUGAGCCAUUUUCACAUUGGACACGAGUUUUACCUCGACCACCGAGCUCACCAUCAUCGUCACCCGCAUCAACAUGUGGGGGGUUUCCCGGAGAGCUACAGCAGUGACACAGAGUCCAGUUGUUACUCAGAGCGGCUCAACAACGACUCCGACUUCGGAUCCAGUUUAUCCACCAGCAGCAACUCUGGGACCUCUGAUGAGGAGGAUGAAGAGGAGAGCCCGUUGGAGAGCUCUGAGGUCAGUUCUGAAGAGGAGAGUUCAUCUCAGUCUGACAGCAGCUCUGUGUCCAGCCAAGUGUCUGUUCAGUCUAUCCGCUUCAGGAGGGCCCGGUUCCCCUCUCUCAACACCACCAAAAAUAUCACCACUAGAACUCUGCCUAAUGCUCAAUCUCUCUCCACUACUCUCUCCAGCACUAGAACUCAGUCGAACUCUAGAACUCUAUCCAACAGUAGAACUCUCUCCCACACUAAAGCACCUUUUCUCCUGCAGCCUACCUUCCACUACAGCCAUCAGCAGCAGCCAUCUAGACCGGUGGGCCAGUUUGGAACCAGCCAGGUGGACUAUGCCAGUCCGAGGGAACAACAUAAAUAUGACUUUACAGCCAGGGAGGCCAAGCAGGAUGCACAGGCACCCAGGUUCAGCUCGCCUUUCAACCGGGGGAGUUAUUUCACUAAGAGGAGAGACAGGAAGGUUCCUGAGACCCAGGUCCUGUCCCAACGAGGGAUAAAGACAACCGAACCUGUGUCCAGAACAGUUUAUGCACUGAGCUGCUCACCUAAUCCCAACGGGAUCAAAGCGGUUCCUCCACACAGGACACCGGGACACGCAAAGAAAUGCCUCCCAGUCCUGAGCUCACACUGCGCCCAUGACAAAGACACAAAGUACCCCAAGCCUACAAACAACAAGGUUUCAUUAGCGACAAAUCUAAAAAGAGAGGUGAGAAUCAGCCCCAACCUGAAACUGCCCUUUCUGCUCAAAACCAUUAAGACCGAGCCGCAGGAGCUAUCAGUGGCCGCGGGUCCCCUCCCUGAGCGCCGCAGGGCGGUCAAGACUCCCCCCUUCAACCUUCAGAAUGUGAAAAUCAAAGUGGAGGAGAGCUAUGAUGAAUACGAACACUACAGCCAGGCCUCCGGGUUCCAAUGCAAAGGAGAUGAGGCGGAUAUCAACAAUGGCCAAUACCCCGGCGGCAACAUCAAACAAGCUACUGGCUGUUUCAACAACGAGACCAAAGCCAUUGAAAGUUCUGCUGGGGCUCCCAAGUCCUCCUCCGGCUUGCAGGAAUGCGGGAGCACUCAAGACACCCCUUGUCCUGAGGAGGGGGAGUAUAAAAACGGAGCUGGGUUCAGGAAAAACUACAGGAGUCUGGUGCUGGGGAAGAAGCCUGGAAUUUCGAGGGUGCAGCCGAAACAGAACGUGUCUAAAGUUGACAGGACUUUAUCUUCUCGUCCCGCGGGCAAAGCCGAGAUUUGUGAGGGAAAUACUGAGGUCCUAACAGGGGCGAGUAAACGAAAACGCCCGUUCAGUAAUGUAGCAGCCCCUCUGAAGAGGCCUUUCAGCUUCAUGGCGAAUUUCCCCGCUCCUCCAUCCCUGGUAGUGGGCAGAGACGGGGAUUUAAGCCCUGCUUACUCUCUGAACUCUCUGGGGGGACCCCGGCCUCCUCCUCGCUCUCACCCCGUGUGGCGGUGGCAGCCUGGCGGUCUGCCUGUCCCUCCCCCACCCGCUCAGAGAAUCAGGAAAUGUUCACGUUUUUUUAUUUGA